AUGGCAGCCCUCGAAAACGGCUUCGCCAUCCGGCGCAACGGCACGUGCAUCAAUGGACUCGAAGUCGACUGCGGUAUCACGCUCGCACCCUACCACGGCUGUUGUCCCACGGGACUUUCUUGCCCAUCUCAGUACAAUAUCGCGUGCUGUCCGCCCGGAAACAACUGCACAGAAUCGCUUAUAACUGCGCCAGAGCCCAAGUGUGCCAACGCGACGUGGGACCUUUAUAACAAUGGAGGCUACUUUUGUUGCGACCAUGGGCUGAUCGGAUAUAAUACUUCUCGGGGUACGAAUGGGUGUGCGAGUCCGGGAGCAAAAUUGGAGAGCGGAAUCAAAAUACUGAGCCUGGUGAAAAUGGGUGGUGAGGCGUCUAGGACAUCUACAGCGUCGAGUAGCUCAUCCCCCGCCACAACAACACCGUCGAACACGCAAUCGGCAAGCCCGUCACCGCCCGCAGAUCCAGGCUCCUCUACCCCAGUUGGGGCUAUCGCAGGUGGCGUAGUGGGAGGCGUCGCCGCCAUAGCUCUUGCACUGCUCGCGUGGUACUUGCUGCGCCGAAGAAAACAAAAUAAGGCCGAGGGCAACCCAUACGACAUGCAGCAAUUACACGAGGCAGAUGCAACACUUGGGACAGCAACAAAAUAUCGGAUGGACAUGGAUCACAAUGUCCAUGAAGUAGACGGCUCGUCGUCGGAUGGAUAUGCCAGAGAACUGUCGGCACAGCAGAAGCCCGUAGAAUUACCUGCGAGCGACCCAGUAGUCAGGGAAGCGCCAUAUGUUCACACGCACAGGAACGCCCUCUAG